AUGGCAUCUCCUCACAGAGAGAGGGCUGGCACAGCAAGUCCUGCAGCGCGUACACCUCGAGCCGAUCAUCCCGCCAGAAAAAGUCAUAACUCUCCAUACCGCCACAGUCCUCGCCGCUCUGAAAUAUUAGUUGAGGAAAUUGGUGCGCUUCACCUCCGCGAAGAACGUGCCUGGAGGCAGAGACAAGACGAAAGGGAUGCAGAACAGGAACGCCGCCAUCAGCAGGCUCUUGCGCAAGCAGCCGCCGAACACGAACGCAUCUUGCGCAAUGCUAUCGAGACUGCCGAAACCGAAGCACUAAAGCAGGAACGCGAGCGGAUGCAGAAGGAAGAGGAGGAGCAUCGCGCACUUGAAGCUGAGCGCUCAGCAAAGGCCGCAAGAGAGGCUGCUGAGAGACAACGGAAGAAACAGGAGCUUGAGCGACAAGAGCAGGAGCAACAAAAACGGGCGGCCGAGGAAAGAGAGAUACACGAGAAGGAAGCCAGACUCAAAGAGCAGAAGAGACAGAACGAAGCAGAUGCUUUGCGAAGGCAACAAGAACAGCAGGCUUCGAAGCGCAAAGCGAAAGAGGAAGCCGAUGCUGCUGCUGCCGCGGCCGCCGCGGCCGCUGCCACGAAAUCUGCUGCCACUGCUGCUCCAGUGCAAACAGUCCCACAAUCUCAACCGCAACCUGUAUCUACCCCAGUUGUGCAGUCUGGUAAUGUACCUGCAGCUCCAUCCGCACCCAAGGUCGCUACUCAGCCAGUUGCGUCCUCUACAAUAUCCUCUGGACCCUCACAACUAAAGUCCACGCCAGAGCAACUAGAAGCAGUGCACAAACAAUAUCUCGCCAUCCACAAGGCGUUGAAGGAGAUGAGGAACACGGCCAGGAAGCAACUUAAACAGUCUGGUAUCGACAUCGGCGAUUACCGUAGAAAAAUCAAUACAGUGAUGGGCCAAUUCACCCCGGACAAGGUCAAGAACAGAUCGGCGCUCAAGAGGGUACUCGAGAUUCUCAACGAGGUCCUGAGAUAUUCUGAACCAACCAUCAACAUAACUCCCUUGCUCGCCAUUCCUCAAGAUAACUUGGAACGCCGCAUGCCGUUAGCUCUGGUGUAUUUACUCAACACGAUCGCCAAAACGGUCAUCAGUCAGUUCUGCAACGACAACAUAGCAACAGUGGAUGCUCUUGCGAUUGUGCUGGUCACCGUGUUCUCGAAGAAAGAGUUCCUGUUCAACGGCACCACUUCGCUCAUUGACAUCCUCUUGGCUAAGUAUCAUGUGGUCUGCCCAGUCUUGUUCGGUAUACAUGGCGAUGAGAAGACCGCCGCGGGAAGAGAAAGGAUAGGUUGGUGGAGGGACGGCGAUGACUUUAUUGAUUCCGAAGUCCACAAGAACCGCAUGCUGGGCCUUGCCACAGGAUAUGGCUGUAUAUCCUUGCGUGACUUUAGCAAGUCGGCCAUGAACAACCCUUUCCCGCCACCGAAUUACUGGCGGGCGCUGAGUUAUUUUGCCAAUACACCGCCGGCACAUCUACAACCGACGCACUGGAUCGUUCUCAAGGCACUGGUCGACACGCAUAUCGAAAAGUUCCUGAAGUUCUACGGACAGGCAGGUCUGGCGGCGUUGAGAACGGUGUUGGUGGAGCUCCCCAAGAACGCGCCUCAGAACUCAGCUAAAGAUGCAGUUGUGAUAUACCCAGAGAUGCUGCGGACUACUAAGCGUUUGACGUUAUGA